AAGUGAUUUCAUCCCGUCUAUCACGUGUGCGUGCGCGCGCACGUCGUCAGUGGUUUGGGAAUGAUCCGAGCGAGGGAAGCACUUCUCGCACUUUACUCUAGUUAGAGAAACAUGGCUGGUCAAAUCGAAAUGGAUGACACUAGUCUGGAUACUUUAAUCCUGAAUCUGCACAAAAUCCAAGCAGUCAAGUUUGGGACUUUUAAGCUAAAAAGUGGACUCACUUCGCCUAUAUAUUUUGAUCUUAGAGUAAUAGUUUCCCAUCCGCUGUUGAUGAACCAGGUGGCGAAUCUUCUUCAUAAGCGAGCUGAGGAUGCAGGAGUUGAGUUUGAUAACAUUAGUGUGUGUGGUGUCCCUUACACAGCUCUUCCUCUGGCCACCAUCAUCUGCUCCACCAAACACUACCCCAUGCUUAUUCGACGAAAGGAGGCAAAGGACUAUGGAACGAAACGUCUCAUCGAGGGAACCAUCCACCCCGGUGGCAGAUGUCUGAUCGUAGAGGAUGUAGUGACCAGCGGCAGCAGUGUUCUAGAGACCGCUGAGGUGCUUGAGAAGGAAGGUCUGAAGAUCACGGAUGCCGUCGUGUUAAUGGACCGAGAGCAGGGGGGCAGUGCCAGGCUAGCUGACCGUGGCAUCGCUCUGCAUUCAGUCAUUUCUGUCUCCAGAUUUCUGGAUGUGUUACUUAAAGCUGGUCGAAUAGACUCGGCCACUUCUCAGAGCGCCAAGAGGUUCAUUCAAGAAAAUAACACCUACAUAUUGACAAAGCAGAAUGGGCUCUCCGCUUCUAAAAGGAGCUGUAAGGAGCUGAGCUAUGGGGCUCGGGCUGCGUUGCCAGACGCUCACCCUCUCGCUGCCCGCCUGCUGAAGAUCGCGGAGGACAAGAAGACCAAUCUGUGUGUGUCUGCAGAUGUGACUCGUUCUGAGGAGCUGCUGGAGAUUGCGGAUACGUUGGGGCCACUGAUUUGCGUGUUGAAGACUCAUGUGGACAUCCUGCAGGACUUCACUGCAGAUGUCGCCAGCGCUCUGAAAGAGUUGGCUAUAAAGCACAACUUCCUGAUUUUCGAGGAUCGCAAGUUUGCAGACAUCGGAAACACAGUCAAGCAUCAGUAUGAAGGCGGUCUCUAUCGGAUCUCCUCGUGGGCGCACAUCAUUAAUGCCCAUGCGUUGCCAGGUCCGGGUGUGCUGCAGGGUCUCGGUGCAGUUGGCAAGCCUCUGGGUCACGGCUGUUUGCUCAUUGCUCAGAUGAGCUCCCAGGGUUCCCUCGCAACAGGAGAUUACACUCAAGCAGUGGUCAAGAUGGCUGAAGACCAUACAGAUUUUGUGUUUGGAUUCAUAAGUGGAACAAAGAUCAGUGAAAAGCCUGGUCUGGUUCACAUGACUCCAGGAGUGCAAAUGCUGACGGGAGGGGAUGGUCUUGGACAGCAGUAUUCAAGUCCAGAAGAUGUGAUCUGCACUAAAGGCUCUGAUAUCAUCAUUGUGGGACGAGGUAUUCUUGCCAGCUCGGAUCGGCUCAGAGCUGCAGAAGAGUACAGAACAGCAGGCUGGGAGGCAUAUCUGAAGAGACUCUCACAGGCCAGCUAAUGAAGAAAGAGAACAAAACAUUUGGGGCCAGUUGAAUCACGUCUGGUCUAUCUUAGUCAUUCCAUUCACUUGAAAACAAACCUAAUUCUGAUUAUUCCCUCCAUGUAUUGUACACUAGUAAAAUGCUGUUUAAACAUGUCUGUCAGAAUCUCACUACUAUUAUUAAAAUUUUUUUUUUUUGCAAAAUUGCAAUUUAAAUAUAAUGAACAGUGAAGACUGGGGCUGAUGUUUCUGUCUUGUACACCUAGCUAGAUCUGGCCUGGUGGUAACGGCAUCUAUAAGCCUAGAUAUGCAAGCAUACACUACCAUUCGAUGUCAGGAUACAGUAAAAACAGUAUUGAGGAGGCAUUUUUGCUCAAGAAACAUUUCAUAUCAAUGUUGAAAUCAGUUGUACUGCUUAGUGUUUUUUUUUUGUGUGUGCAAACAUGAUACUUUUUUCAAGAUUCUUAAAAAAAUAAAAUGUAUUAAUUUGAUUUGUUACAUUAUUUUUGUAGCUUCACUUUUGAGAAAUUGAAUGUCCAUGCUGAAUAAAGAUAUGAAUUUCUUCAAAAAAAAAAAAAAAAUGCUGACCCUCAGAGUUUUAAAAAGAAGUGUACAUGAACAAACUCGAGCUUCAAAAAUAAACCACGAUAUAUUAAAAGUGACAACUAAAUUCGCUUCUGCCUUAUGCAUGUAUUAAAUAACUAAGGUAGUGCAACCUUUGCCAAAAAUCUCUACUUGUUAUCUCUUGUCAAAUCCAGUAGGUGGCAGAAACGCGCUGUUGCUGCCAGUAAAGUGUUUAAAUGAUAAAUAAAAACGUUAAAUGUUAAGCCUUUCAUAUAAUUGGAAAUAUAGCCUUAAAUUAUAUAUGUCAGUCAUUGUCCCCCUGCGUUUCUUUGACAACU